AUAAACACUGGUAAUUUAUCGGAAAAAUAAAAAAAAACUUAGGAUUUAUUAAACAGUGAAGUGAGUUCGACGUUCUUUUGUUUACCGGUUUUUGUGAAAAGUGUAUUGUUUUUGAGUGUUGAAAAGUGUACGAGGAAUUAAAUGGGACACCAAGUGAUUAAUUUGCCGAGUUGCAAAGUUUAAAACAGUUUUUGCGGUGCGGAAUGCUUUUGUGAAGGACUUGAGUUGGAGUCUAUUGUUGAAGGAUUAUCCGGCACGAUGAACUCUUCCCCCGAGGGCCUGUGAACGAUGGCGCGUGCUACAGCCGCCUGCCUCUUUACGGUCCAUUUUCUCUCGUGCAUUAUUGUAUGUCACCAAGAUGGCGGUAGCAAUCGGCCGCGGGACCAGAGCACAGUCUCCGAGUCUUCCCGCCGGUUCCGCACAGAGUUCUUAGAGGACUGGCCUCAAACCCCUGGAGCCCCGUAUUUCGACCCUAGUACCCCUGACAACGUAACCGGCUUAGUUGGGCACCCUGUCAUUCUGCUAUGCAAAGUGAAGAAUCUUCAGAAUCGAACUGUAUCAUGGGUGCGCCACCGUGACAUCCACUUACUUACGGUAGGACGGUACACGUACACGUCAGACCAGCGCUUCGAGGCGCAGCACAAGCCACGCUCCGAAGAGUGGGCGUUGAAAAUCAGAAGUCCACAGAAAAGAGACUCCGGGCAAUACGAGUGCCAGAUAUCAACCACACCACCAAUUGGUCACGCGGUGUACCUUAAUAUAGUAGAACCAGAAACUGAAAUAAUGGGCGGUCCGGAUCUAUUCAUCUACGCCGGGUCCACGAUAAAUCUGACGUGUAUAGUGAGGCACACACCAGAACCGCCCAGUACGAUAAACUGGACGCAUAGAGGCAAGACGAUAAACUUCGACUCAACCCGCGGUGGCAUAUCGCUGGUCACCGAGAAGGGGAUACACAGUAGCAGUAGACUCCUUGUGCAAGCGGCACGAACGUCAGAUGCAGGCGCCUACCAGUGCGUGCCUGACAACGCACAAUCAGCGACAGCGCGCGUACACGUGCUAACUGGCGAAACUCCGGCUGCCAUGCAGGGCAACGCACAUUGUGUAAGAAGCCUUACACUCCACUCUGCAUUGUGUUUUACCAGCGUUGUAUUAUAUAUAGCUCUUUUUGUGAUAUAAAAGAGAAUAGCGUAAUUUAGUUUCGACGGCAUAUUACGUACAUCUCUCUCUCUGUGUAACUGAGUUUGAAAUAAAUAUCAGAACCCAGUUUUUAUA